AUGGCCACCGAGAUCACUCCCUCCAAGAAGGCUGCAUCCGCCAUCGAGUCCUUGAAGAUGGAGUCCCCCGUCAAGAAGCUCGACUUCUCCGGCAAGGAGAACGCGCCCUUUGACGCCGACGCCCCCGCCGACGUCGAGUCCCAGAAGCCCACCAUGGAGUCCACAAAGGAGGUCGCCAAGGCCGCCGUGGCUCCCACAAUCAAGCCCGAGGAGGUCGACGAGCCCCUCUUGCAGGAGAACCCGCAGAGAUUCGUCCUCUUCCCCAUCAAGUACCAUGAGAUCUGGCAGAUGUACAAGAAGGCCGAGGCCUCCUUCUGGACCGCCGAGGAGAUCGAUCUGUCCAAGGACCUGCACGACUGGAACAACAAGAUCAACGAGGAUGAGAAGUACUUCAUCUCGCACAUCCUGGCCUUCUUCGCCGCCUCGGACGGCAUCGUCAACGAGAACCUGGUUGAGCGCUUCAGCGGCGAGGUCCAGAUCCCCGAGGCUCGCUGCUUCUACGGUUUCCAGAUCAUGAUGGAGAACAUCCACUCCGAGACCUACUCUCUCCUCAUCGACAGCUACAUCAAGGAGCCCGCACAGCGCACCUACCUCUUCAACGCCGUCGACACCAUUCCCUGCAUCCGUAAGAAGGCCGACUGGGCCCUUCGCUGGAUCACCGACAAGAAGUCCACCUUUGCCCAGCGUCUCGUCGCCUUUGCCGCCGUCGAGGGUAUCUUCUUCAGCGGUGCUUUCGCCUCCAUCUUCUGGCUGAAGAAGCGCGGUCUGAUGCCCGGUUUGACCUUCUCCAAUGAGCUCAUCUCUCGUGACGAGGGUCUGCACACCGACUUUGCUUGCCUGCUGUUCUCCCACCUGAAGAACCGCCCCAGCAAGGAGCUCGUCGAGGAGAUCAUCGUCGACGCUGUCAAGAUCGAGCAGGAGUUCCUGACCGAGGCCCUGCCCUGCGCUCUGCUGGGCAUGAACGCCACUCUGAUGAAGCAGUACAUCGAGUUCGUCGCUGACCGCCUCCUCGUUGCCCUCGGCAACGACAAGGUCUACCGUGUCAGCAACCCCUUCGACUUCAUGGAGAACAUCUCACUCGGUGGCAAGACCAACUUCUUCGAGAAGCGUGUCGCCGAGUACCAGAAGGCCGGUGUCAUGGCCAGCACCACCAAGGUUGCUGACGAGGACGUCAAGGAGAACGAGAACGGCGGCGACUUCAGCUUCGAUGAUGACUUCUAG